UCAUGGGUAUUUUAAUGGAUUUAACUGAAGAUGAAAGGGUUUGCUUGAGGUGUUUUAAAUUGUUCUUGAUGUUCAAUUGCAGCUGUGAAAGUGUUAAGUCCAAACACUGUCCGAAUUCUGAUGAAAUUCAGAAUUUAAGUUCACCGGAGAAGGGAGCGACAGUCAAGAAAAGCAUAGACUUCAACAGAUCAAGCUUUCUAGAAGAAUAUAAUUUCAGUCCUGCAGAAAAGGAAACACUAAUGAAAAUUGCUAUUCCUGAAAUUCUCGAAAUCUGGCUGGAGGAGUCUGCCGAAGACUUUCGUCAAGUUCCAACUUACUCUUGUCUCCAGAAGGUACUUUCCUACUUGAACCAAACAGUGCCAGGGUCAGAUGCUGAACAUCGGGCCCAGAAACUCCUGAGUCGGUUUUUGGCGGAGGAAACAGCGGAGAAAGAGAUGUUCAAAGGCUACCGUAGAAGAGUCAGAUUCUAUGUGGGAGAAGAACACGACCAAACCAUCGAACAAGUUGACGAAAAGCUCCUGUCCUACCCAUCACGCUUCAUUGCAGAGCAGCUGACUUUUAUGGAUGCUGAUCUUUUUCGGAAACUUGUGCCCAGCCAAUGUUUAGGGUCCAUCUGGUCUCAACGAGGGAAGGAAGAAAAACAGCAUCUGGUAUCAACCGUCCAGGCCACCAUUAUACAAUUCAAUAAUGUUACAAAAUGUGUCACCAGCACCAUAUUAAGACCUCAACAGCUGAAACCACGGCAGACGGCUAAAAUCAUUGAGAAAUGGAUUGAUGUUGCCCAGGAAUGUCGGAUCUUGCAGAAUUUCUCGUCAGUGCAUGCUAUUACCACUGCAUUGCAAUCAAAUAGUGUGUUCAAUUUGAAGAAGACUUGGGCAGCUGUGUCAAAGAGCAGUAAGAUAACAUUUGAAGACCUUUCAAACAAUGAAGAAGAUAACUUUAUAGCAAGUAGAGAGCUGCUAAUGGAGGAUAUCGUUCAGGGAAUUGUGCCGUACCUGGGAACUUGCUUAACAGAAUUUUCAGCGCUGGAUUCGGCUUUCCCGAAUUACCAUUCAAAUGGCUUGAUCAACUUUGACAAGAGACAAAAAGAAUAUGAAAUAAUUUUGGGUAUCAAAUCCCUGCAGUUUGCUUGCUCAUCUUACACCCUUCGUCCAAACGAGAAUUUUCUAGACUUGUUCUUUAUGCAACAAUACUUAAGUGAGGAUAGCGAGUACGUAACUGGUAUUGUAGGAGUGUGCAGCUCCUCUGAACUCGAGAAACCGCCAAAGCCCAAAAAGAGUGUGUUUAAACGCCUCAGCUGCCUGUUUUCAAGGAGUGAUGUUAAAGUACACAACACUCAAACUAAAAGCUCUGAGCAGCGAGCAACCUUUCAGAAUGAGGAUUCAGACGACAGCAUUACCGCAGCCAGCAUUUUAUCCGAUUCCAGCCACUUGGAAAUGGAAGAGCCGAGCACUUCGCAAAAAGCGUCAGAAAAGUCAUUAAAAUCCGUGGAUACUGCCUCCUCUGGAGGUUCAUCCAACAGUGGUGCACCAGCAAAACCAAAUUACGACAUAGCCAAGUCUCGUAGGCGUGCGGGUUUGGGCAGCUGCUGGUGUGCAUCACGUCAGAGGGACAACCGCCAGAAUGAGAAAAGCUGCCUCAUCCGAGUCCAAUUAGAGGAGGACAGAGCACAAGAAUUCAAAACGAUUUUGGUGACUAAUCAAGAUCGGGUUUCCGAAAUCUUCCACAAAGCCAUGACCAUGCUCAAAUUUGAACCCGAGCGUCCUCAGGACUUUGAUCUCGCACAGAUUAUUGAAUCAAAUAAAGUGCUCAUACUUCCGGCCGAUGCCAUCCUGUAUUACGCAAUGAACAAGAAAGUGAAUCAUGACUUCAUCCUGAGAUUCACUGAAAGAAGAUCUUCAUGUCUAUGCAAGUUUUAGCUGCAAUGUUCGAACCUCCUUCCCGAUGUGAAUAAGUGAGCUCUGGUGAGGAAGGACUUUAGAGAGCUCACUGCCCUGAUUUUUGAGAGGUUGUAUGUAUUUUAUUUCCUUCUCCUCCUGUAAAUCGCUUGGUGCUCGAUAUAGGAUUCACUAAUUUGACAUUUACACAUAACUACUUUAAAACUAAAAUGGUUCAACAUCGAGGCUUUGCCAACAAUACCAGCCACAGAUAAAAGAGGAAAUCAUCUGAGUUCUUUGUCUAAGUUUCAUUUCUAAAAAUAGU